AUGUUUUAUGAAGAUUAUGGAUAAGAUAUUUACAUCUAUGAGGAAUAAAAACUCUAAGAAUCUAAAGAAAACACUGAAUUUACAACAAGAGAGGAAUUUCUAAAGUUAACAAGUUUUGAAAAGAUUUGGUAACAAAAAGGUUUUUAUUAAUACAUUAAAUCAUUGAAGAAUGAUUAUCUAUAGAAUAUUUGCAUUAAAGAUUUAGCUAAUUCUUUAGUUGAAGAUUGUGAUGAACAAUUAGCAAUUUAAGUCUUUGAUGAUAUUCUUGAUACUCCUAUCAAUGAUAUACCUUUAUAAUUAUUGAGUAAAAGUUCUUAUGUAGUACCUCCUGAGAUACCUGAAAAAUUGUUGUUAGAGUUUUCUCAUCUUGUUAAUAAUAAAUAUGCAUGGGUAGAUAAAGGAGAUUAAAUGUAAUAUGGAUUGGAAAAACCAUGCAUUUUAAUUUAUACUAAUGUCAUAAUAGGAAUGUAGAAAACAUUUAAUAAAACAGAUCUCAAAUGCUAAGCUAAUUUAGUUUAUUUUAAUAAUCAAUUAUAUGAAGAUUAAACUAUAUAUUUUGAAUAGAAAGGUAUUCGUAUUAUGGGGUAACAAUUUAGUAAAUUAGAAAAACUUUAUGUCUAUUAAUAAAGUUAAAAUAUUGACAAUACUAAGACUAAAUUAUGUCAGAAAUUAUAAAAAAAAGGAUUGAUUCAUUCUUUAUUAAUAUAAUUAGGAUAGGAGAAAUUUGAGAAUAAAUAAAGUGUCAAUAUGUUAAUAUAUGAAUGUUUAUUAUUUGAGAAUUAAGAGUGGUGUUAAAAAAUAAUAAGUUAAGAUUGGCUCAAUAAUUUGAUUACUUUAAGUUUAUAGGAACCUAAGGACACAAGUGUAUUUCAUUAAGUUGUUUAUGAUAAUCUUUAGUAUUUGAAUUUAAACUAUUAUACUGAAUAAUAAACUGAUUAAUUAUUAUUGAGAUUGCAUCAAUAUUAUGAAGCAAAUUCAUUGGAUUUGAAAUAAAAAAAAGUAGAGAAGUAAUAGCCUCUUAAGUAGGUUGAGGAAACUAGUAAAGUUACUACAACCUAAAAUAAUAAUAAUAAAUAAAAGGGAUCUAAACCUAAAGGAAUUGGAUAUGGAGAUAUUAAUUAUACUUCAACAUAUUAAUAAUAGUAAAAGAAGAAGGAAGUAUUUGUUUUAGAUUGUGAUAUCAUUUAUUAAUAAGCUGAAGGAUUUAGAUGGAAAAUCUUGAUUGAAAUAUUUAAAAAGUUAAGAAACUUAAAUCUUGAAUAUAUACAUAUGAUAGAAGAUUCUUGUCUUAUACCGGUGAUUAAAAGCAUUAUAUCUUCUUUGAGUAAGAGUUAAACUAUAUCAGAUAAAUUCGAAGUAAUUUAAAUAAUAUUUGAAUUAUUAAAUAAAUUUUUAGCAGAAGAAGCUAUGCAUUUAUUUACAUGUAAAGAUUAUGGUGAUUUUUCAAUGUUUGAAACAAUUCAGAAAGUUAAUAAUGAGUCAGUAUUCAUUUAAAGUAAAGAUGAUUAAGAAUAAAAUCAAAAGAUUAUAAAAAAAGUGUAGAAUCAGGAUAAACAAUUAGAUGAAGUAUUAAAAGAACUUUAAGAUUUCUUUAAUAAAUUAAUUAUAAUUUUAAAGAAUAAUAAAUAUAUAGAUGUGAAAUAUGAAGAAACAGAGAGUUAAUAAAUAUAAGAUCCUGCUUAUUUAUAUCCAAUGAUAAUGAAACCAUUGGUUUUAAGAACAAGUGAAGUAAUAAAGUAGCCAGGAUGGAAAAAAUAAUUGGAUGAAGCUUAUUCUCAUUUAUCAUCAACACCUCCGAAUAAGAAAAUGAAUAGGAUAAUAAAAGAGUUAUCAGAUAUAGGAGAGAAUUUGCCACUUUAAAUAACAAAUUCAAUAUUUAUAAGAUAUGAUAAAGAUAGAAUGGAUGCAAUGUAAGCAAUGAUAUUUGGUUCAAGUGGAACACCAUAUGCACAUGGAGCAUUUUUAUAUAAUUUUUUAUUUUGUGAUGAUUAUCCUUCAAGACCUCCAAAAUGUUUAUUAGAGACAACAGGUCAUGGCAAGGUUAGAUUUAAUCCUAAUCUAUAUAAUUGUGGGAAAGUAUGUUUAAGUUUAUUGGGUACAUGGGGAGAUAAUUGGAAACCCAAUGAAUCAACUAUAUUAUAAAUAUUGAUAUCGAUUCAAGCGAUGGUUAUGUCUGAAUAUGUAUAUUUUAAUGAACCGGGUUGGGAAAGUAGUAUGGGAACUGUGGAUGGUGAAAAAAAUAAUAGGGGUUAUUGUAAUAUUGUUAAAUUGGCUAAUAUUAGAUAUGCAAUGAUAGAAUAAUUAUAAAAACCUCCUGUUGGAUUCGAAGAAGUAAUUCAAAAGAGUUUUUAUUUGAGAAAAGAUGCUAUAAUUAAAGAAGUCUAAUAAUGGAUUGAUGAAGCUGAUUUACCAGUCAAUUAUCAUUGUACAUAGAAUCAUAAUAUAUCUUCUCCAUUUUAAUAACAGCCAUCUAAAUUUAAAAGUAUAUUGACAGCAGAAUUUGAGGCUUUAAAAAAGGAAUUAGAAAAAUUGAAAGUAUGUAUAACUCAUUAAUCUGAUAAAAAAGUAUUAUCAAUAAUAUAGAGAUAAUCAUAUACAUAAAUAUAAUAAUAGAAAAAGUUAUAGAUAGAGAAAAAGAGAGAAGAAAUGAAUGAAUUUUUAAAGAGUUAAUUACCAGAGAUUGAUGUAAGUGAGAGUAAUGUAAGUAAUAAAUAAUUUGAUAUACAGAAUGCAGAAGUAUAAAAUCUAAUGUCUCGAUAUAUAGGUGUGAUGGGUUUAGAUUCAGUAAGUAAAUAAUCAUAGGCAAGUGUUAUAAUAUAUGGAUUAGGAGCAUUAGGUAUUGAGACAUCAAAGAAUCUUGUUUUAUCAGGUUUAAAACGAUUGACUAUAGUGGAUGAUAAGAAAUUGAAUAAUUAAGGAUAGUUUUUUGUUUAAGAUAAAGAUUCUAAUAGAUUAGAAUAGAGUUUACUUCAUUUAUAAGGAUUAAAUCCUUAUGUUUAGAUAGAUUAUUCUAAUGAUCUUAUAUAAUCAAUUAAGAGUCAAAAUUAUCAAGUAGUUUGUUUAUGUGAAGUGGAUUCAAUUGAAGAUAUAAAUACAAUAUCAACCAUUUGUAGAGAAUAUAAGAUAGGUAUGAUAGUUUCAUAAUUAUUAUCUGUUUAUGGAAGAAUUAUGAUUGAUUUAGGAGAACAAUUUACAGUUAAUGAUGUAGAUGGAGAAUAAGUUUAGGAGUUCAUUAUUGAAAACAUUGAUUAAAAUUAAGGAAUAAUUGAAAUUAAAGGAAAACAUAAUUUAAGUGCAAAUGAUAUUAUUGUACUUAAAGAAGUUAUUUAAUAAGAUGAUGGUAAAUCACUUAACAAUAAAUAAUUAAAUGUUAUAAAAGUGAUUAAUAAAUCAUCUAUAUAUGUAGGAGAUCUAAAUGAAUUUGGAAAAUAUCUUAGAAAUGGAAGAGGAUAAACUAUUAAAAAAAAGUGUAUUAUUUAGAAUUAGAACAUGAGUUAAAUUAUAUUAGAUCCGUUAUUUGAUCCAAAUUUUAUUUUAGAUGAAUAGAAAUUUAAAAUGAUUAAUGAAUAGAUGAAUCUUUAUUCAAAUAAGAAUGUAGAAGUCAAUGAACUAUUUAAAAAGACAGGAAAUUAAAUAUUUGCACCUUAAGCUGCAUAUUUAGGUGGAAUAGUUUGUUAAGAAAUAAUAAAGGCGAUUACUCAUAAAUAUAUGCCAAUAAGAUAAUGUUAUUUUCAUUCAUGUGAAGAAUUGUUAGAUAAUAAUACAAUAAUAGGAAUGGAAUUAUAAUAAUCAAUAGAGAAAUGUAAAGUUCUGAUGAUAGGAGCUGGUGCUAUAGGAUGUGAAUUAUUAAAGAAUUAUGCAAUGAUAGGAUUAGGUAUAAAUGGGAAUAUAAUUGUUACUGAUCCUGAUGUAAUAGAGAAAUCUAAUCUUAGUAGAUAAUUUCUUUUUAGAGAAAAACAUCUUCGAUUACCUAAAUCAUAUACUGCUGCUAGAGCCUGUUUAAAAAUGAAUCCAUAAAUGAAAAUUGUUGCAAGAUUAGAUAAAAUAUCUCCAUAAACAGAACAUUUAUAUACUAAUGUAUUUUAAUAUGUUGAUGUAAUUACUAAUGCACUUGACAAUGUAUAAGCCAGAUUAUAUGUUGAUUCACAAUGUAUUGAACAUAUGAAACCAUUACUUGAAAGUGGUACUCUAGGACCAAAAGGACAUGUUUAAGUUAUCUUACCUAAUUUAACUGAAAGUUAUGGAACUAAAUAAGAUCCGGAAGAAACUAAUGAAAUACCAUAUUGUACUCUUAAAAUGUUUCCUGAAGAUUCUAAUCAUUGUUUAGAAUGGGCUAGAGAUAAAUUUGAAAAAUUGUUUACUUCCAAAAUACAAUCCAUUAGAUAAACUUUAUUAUUUCAAGAUUUUACAACUGAAGGAUUAGAAACUACUCUUAAAUUUUGUAAAAAUAAACCUAAAAAUUUUAAUGAUUGUGUUCAAUAUGCACUUAAUAAAUUCUACAAAUACUUUAUCUAUGGAAUUAUGGAUCUUAUGAAAGCUUAUCCUAUUGAUCAUGUAGUUAAUGGAAAAUUGUUUUGGUCAUCUCCUAAAAGACCUCCCUAAAUAUUUUAAUUUAAAGGAGAAGAUAUGCAAAUGAAAUUCAUAUAAUCUGUAUCCUAUUUAUAUGCUACUGCUUUAGCUAUUGAUAUUCCAUAAUAAAUUGAUUUUGAAUCAAUUUUAUUAACAAUCAAACCUAAAGAAUAUAAAGAAAAUAAAGAAAAAUUAUAAUAAAUUUAAGAUUAAGUAUCAAAAGAAGCAUAAGCUAAAUUUUAAGAAGAUGAACAUUAAGAAAAUUAACAAUAAAGUCAAUCAGAAUUAAUUAAUUAAAUUGUAGACUAUUUCAAAGAUUAUUAUGAUAUUUCAGAAUCAAUACCAAAAGUCUUAAAACCUUUAGAUUUUCUACCUUAGCCUAUAUAAUUUGAAAAGGAUGAAGAUGACAAUCAUCAUGUUGAAUUUAUCUAAGCUGCUUUAAAUUGUAGAGCCUAAAAUUAUGGAUUAGAACCUUUAGAUUGGUUAACUACUAAAUUAAAAGCAGGAAGAGUAAUUAAUUAUAUUAAUAAUUUUAGAUAGUUCCUGCUAUGGCUACAACAACAGCUUGUAUUGCAGGUUUAUAAACUAUUGAAUUAGUUAAGGUUAUCAAAAAACUUAUGAUUGAUCAGAACAUUAAAUUAGAAACAUUUAAGAAUAUGUUUUUAAAUUUAGCCAUACCGUAUGCACUUUAAUCAGAACCUGGAGAAUGUCAAUUAGAAUCAAUUAAUGGAAAAAAUUUCUCAUUUUGGUCUAAAUGGGAUGUUAGAUUUAGUUCUUAAACGAAUAACCUUCAAAAAUUUAUAUGUCAUGCAGAAUCGGUAUUUGGAGAAAAAGUCACUUGUAUUAAAUAAAAAGCUAAAUUAUUAUACUCACCAAUCAUGUUCAAUAGUGAAGAAGAAGAAUCAACUUUACUAUAAACACCUAUAUAUUUAUUAUUUGAAAUUUAAGACCAUGAAGAUUAUGUUGAAUUAGAUAUAACAUUUUAGAAGAGAAUUAAAUGUAGAUUCUAUUAUUGA